GGCGCCGCCCGCCCACCGCCCCGGCCACAGCCCCUGCGCCCACGGCGACAGCCGCAGCGACAGCGGCGGGGGACGCUGCUGAGUCGACGAGAGGGCAGCCUGGCCACCGGACCUACGUACUCGCCUUGCUGAUGGUCUAUUUUUAUAAGAGUUUACAACUUUUCUAAGAACUUUUGUAUACAAAGGAACUUUUUGUUUUUUUUAAAGAAACAUCUUCAAUUUAUAUUUAAUCGGAAGAAGAAGCAUCUCGGGCAAUUCGGGGUUUUUGGUUUUAGCUUCGUUUCUAAGGUUUACCCCCACCCUUCGCUGGCUUUGGGGUUCGGGUACCCUCGCUGCUUCGAGCUCCCGAGGACCGUCUGGGCCCCCACAUUAAUGAGGCAGCCACCUGGCGAGUCUGACAUGGCUGUCAGCGACGCGCUGCUCCCGUCCUUCUCCACGUUCGCGUCUGGCCCAGCGGGAAGGGAGAAGACACUGCGUCCGGCAGGUGCCCCGAAUAACCGCUGGCGGGAGGAGCUCUCCCACAUGAAGCGACUCCCCCCGGUGCUUCCCGGCCGCCCCUACGACCUGGCGGCGGCGACUGUGGCCACAGACCUGGAGAGCGGCGGAGCCGGCGCGGCUUGCGGCGGUAGCAACCCGGCACUCCUGCCCCGGAGGGAGACCGAGGAGUUCAACGACCUCCUGGACCUAGAUUUUAUUCUGUCCAACUCGCUGUCCCAUCAGGAGUCGGUGGCCGCCACCGUGUCUUCGUCGGCGUCUGCCUCUUCCUCGUCCUCCCCGUCGACCAGCGGCCCUGCCAGCGCGCCCUCCACCUGCAGCUUCAGCUACCCGAUCCGCGCCGGCGGCGACCCGGGCGUGGCGCCGGGCGGCGCGGGCGGCGGCCUGCUCUAUGGCCGGGAGUCUGCGCCCCCUCCCACGGCUCCCUUCAACCUGGCGGACAUCAACGACGUGAACCCGUCCGGCGGCUUCGUGGCCGAGCUCCUGCGGCCCGAAUUGGACCCGGUGUACAUCCCGCCGCAGCAGCCGCAGCCGCCAGGUGGCGGGCUGAUGGGCAAGUUCGUGUUGAAGGCGUCGCUGAGCGCGCCCGGCAGCGAGUACGGCAGCCCGUCGGUCAUCAGUGUUAGCAAAGGCAGCCCCGACGGCAGCCACCCGGUGGUGGUGGCGCCCUUCAGCGGCGGGCCGCCGCGCCUGUGCCCCAAGAUCAAGCAGGAGGCCGUCUCUUCGUGCACCGUCGGUCGGCCCCUGGAGGCGCACUUGGGCGCCGGACCCCCUCUCAGCAACGGCCACCGGCCGACCGCACACGACUUCCCCCUGGGGCGGCAGCUCCCCAGCAGGACUACCCCGACCCUGGGUCCCGAGGAACUGCUGAGCAGCAGGGACUGUCACCCUGCCCUGUCGCUCCCUCCGGGCUUCCAUCCCCACCCCGGGCCCAACUACCCGCCCUUCCUGCCGGAGCAGAUGCAGCCGCAGGUGCCGCCGCUCCAUUACCAAGAGCUCAUGCCACCUGGUUCCUGCUUGCCGGAGGAGCCCAAGCCAAAGAGAGGCAGGAGGUCGUGGCCGCGGAAAAGGACAGCCACCCACACUUGCGAUUACGCGGGCUGCGGCAAAACCUACACAAAGAGUUCUCAUCUCAAGGCGCACCUGCGGACCCACACAGGUGAGAAGCCCUACCACUGUGACUGGGACGGCUGUGGGUGGAAGUUUGCCCGCUCCGACGAACUGACCAGGCACUACCGCAAACACACCGGGCACCGCCCGUUCCAGUGCCAGAAGUGCGACCGGGCCUUCUCCAGGUCGGACCACCUCGCCUUACACAUGAAGAGGCACUUUUAAACCCCACACGGUGGACAGGACCCACACUGCCAGAAGCGAGUUCAGUAUUUUUCGCCUUUCACACUGUCUUCCCGAGGAGAGGGGAGCGCAGCCGGAAAGCACUACAGUCAUGGUCAAGUUCCCCGCGAGUCAGCUUGUGAGCGGAUAAUCAGGAGGAAAGAGGAAUCCAGAAGACAAAAAUCAAAGGACAUUUCGGGUCUGUGACUGGAUCUUCUACCAUUCCAAUUCCAAAUCCAACUUGAAUAUUCCUGGACUUAACAAGGAACACCCAGGGGGGUGACUGGAAGUUGUGGAUAUCAGGGUAUCGAUUAGAUCCAUGAGUUGGGGGGGUGGGGAGGGAAGACCAGAAUUCCCUUGAAUUGUGUUUUGAUGCAAUAUAAGUAUAAAGAUCACCUUGUAUUCUAUUUGCCUUCUAAAAGCCAUUAUUACCAUGUUAGAAGAGG